UCAUAUUUUUCAACCAUCUCAGAGGGGACUAGAAAAGGCACGGCAGCUGUCGGCAGACGGGGAGGAACCAGGAUUCCUCCAAAGAGACUCUUCCAACUUUAGUGCCCCUGGAGAACUCCCAUGGAGAACGAGCCUGGAAUUGUGUCGCCAUUUAAACGAGUAUUCCUAAAAGGUGAAAAGAGCAGAGAUAAGAAAGCCCAUGAGAAGGUGACCGAGAGGCGCCCUCUGCACACUGUGGUGCUGGCACUGCCUGAGCGCGUCGAGCCAGACAGACUGCUGAGCGACUACAUCGAGAAGGAGGUGAAGUAUUUAGGCCAGUUAACAUCGAUUCCCGGCUACCUGAACCCUUCCAGUAGGACGGAAAUCCUGCAUUUCAUAGACAAGGCAAAGCGUUCCCACCAACUCCCUGGGCACCUGACUCAGGAGCAUGAUGCUGUGCUCAGUCUGUCUGCCUACAAUGUCAAGCUGGCCUGGAGGGACGGGGAGGACAUUAUCCUCAGGGUGCCCAUCCACGACAUCGCUGCUGUCUCCUACGUCCGAGACGAUGCUGCACACCUGGUGGUCCUGAAAACAGCCCAGGACCCAGGCAUCUCUCCCAGCCAAAGUCUGUGUGCAGAAAGUUCUAGAGGCCUCAGCGCAGGUUCCUUGUCAGAAAGUGCAGUGGGGCCAGUAGAGGCAUGUUGCCUGGUCAUCAUGGCCACAGAGAGCAAGGUCGCUGCCGAGGAGCUGUGCUCCCUGCUCAGCCAGGUCUUCCAGAUUGUUUACACGGAGUCCACCAUCGACUUUCUGGACAGAGCGAUAUUUGAUGGGGCCUCCACGCCUACCCACCACCUGUCCCUGCACAGCGCUACGGAUGCCACACAGCCUUCCGACCCAGCCCACACAGUGGCACCUCACCUCUGGGCCUCCUUGUGGGACUCUGACCCUACUGAAUGUUGCUCGGCUUUAGCAGCUUUCUGUAACUGUGGAGUAAGAUGCCACGGCCCCUCGGUCCUUCAGUCUUGCUUUCUUCAUGCCUGUGUCACCAAUACCACGUGGACAGCACUGUCAAGUUGUACCCCACUCUUGACCUCAUGGAUCACAGUGGCAGCAGCACACACUUUGUUGGAUGACUCUUCCACGAAAGUGGACAUGAAGGACGGUUACGACGCCGACGCCAGCACCUUCUGCUUCCCGGACUCCGGGGAUACGGGAGGCCUGCCACCUUUGCCCUUCUGCAUGCAGACGUCACCCCAUAGCAAGACUGUCAGCGAGAGUGAGUUGAGUACCAGUGCCACGGAGCUGCUGCAGGACUACAUGCUCACGCUACGUACCAAGCUGUCGUCACAGGAGAUCCAGCAGUUUGCCGCUCUGCUUCAUGAGUACCGCAAUGGGGCCUCUAUCCACGAGUUUUGCAUCAGCCUGCGGCAGCUCUAUGGAGACAGCCGCAAGUUCCUGCUGCUUGGUCUGAGGCCUUUUAUACCUGAGAAGGACAGUCAGCACUUUGAGAACUUCCUGGAGACUAUUGGCGUGAAAGAUGGCCGUGGCAUCAUCACUGACAGCUUUGGCAGGCAUCGCCGUGCCCUGAGCACCACCUCCACAUCCACCACCAAUGGGAACAGGACCACAGGCAGCCCUGAUGACCACUCGGCGCCCUCAGAGGGGGAUGAAUGGGACCGCAUGAUUUCGGACAUCAGUAGUGACAUUGAAGCGCUAGGCUGCAGCAUGGACCAGGACUCAGCGUGAAGGAGCGGGGCAGCACACACUUGUCUCACACCGCCGGCCGGCCCAGGCCUUCCUGGGAGGAGCGCCCAGGCCUGAGUGCCAGCCCUUCCCAGCUUGGAGCUAGGGAGGGGCUGCCAACGAAGGUGGCUCCAGGCUAGGUCCUCUACUGUGAAGGAGUGGAGAGCUGCCACAGGACAUGUGCCCAACCCUGGGCAGACACCUCUGUGCCUAUUCCUCAGGGGCUCAGCAAUGCCUGUAGCACAUCCCCACUCGGGGAGGGCCAGGUGCGGCUGGCAGGGAGAGCAGUCCUGCUGGCCUGGCCGUCCGUGGACAGCUGAUAUUUGCACAUGACUUUCCUCUUCUACUCCUCAGAGACCUUAAAAAGAAGUUUACUGCAAUGUGAAUAAUUUAA